CUCUAGCGGGGGAACGAAGACUUCUUCGCGGUGGGAGGGGCGGUCUUAACUAUAAUAGUUCACCAACUCGCUAGUUCGGUCCAGGCUGUCCAUGGAGGAUUGUGGAUGACUGUGGUGGUGCCUUUACCAUGGGGAUGAUUGGUGGAGGUGUCUUCCAGGCUGUCAAAGGCUUCCGCAAUGCUCCUGUGGAGUUCUUCAGGACAGGGUGUCAGACAUCGGUUCAAAGGCAGCUUGAAUGCAAUCAGAGUCAGAGCACCACAGAUUGGAGGCAGCUUUGCAGUAUGGGGUGGGCUUUUCUCUACCAUCGACUGUGGCCUGGUGAAAAUGCGGGGCAAGGAGGAUCCCUGGAACUCCAUCACCAGUGGGGCACUCACUGGGGCUGUGCUAGCAUCACGCAGUGGACCAUUGGCCAUGGUAGGUUCAGCUAUGAUGGGAGGCAUCUUACUUGCCCUGAUAGAAGGUGUUGGGAUUUUGCUGACCAGAUACACAGCCCAGCAAUUCCAGAAUCCCAACCCCUUUGGAGAUGAUCCCAGCCAGCUGCCUCCCAAGGAUGGCUCACCACCUGCAGGAUACCCAGGCUAUGGACAUUAUCAGUGAAGCCCUUUGGGGCCAGGGAUUCUUCUAUUUUUGCAGGGAUGGGGCAGGAAUUUCCUCCUGAAGUUACUCAAGACCAGCACCCUACAGCACAAACAAACAGCAUGCAAGGGAUUUGAUUCGAGUUUUCUUAAAGGGGUGGGUGGGAUUAAGGAAUAUUUGAGCAGUGUAAUCUACCUCUUUGUGGGAGGUUUGGGGUCAUGGAGUGACAUGCCUCAGAAUUAGUUUCAUGUGCUGAGGAGACCAGAGCCUACACAGAGUGAAUGACUCCAGAUUCUAGGCUCACACUUCUCAGCCUGUCUGUUCUGAGGGUGCAGUAACAAUGAACUGACUGUGACAAAGGACUUUAGAAGGGUUCUCUCUUGAUUUACAGGUGCAGUGGGGUCCUCCUCCUCUUGUGGGUUAGCAUACAAAAAAAAUGUAGGCUGAGUGGUCUGUGCUUUGCUUUCCCAAGUUUUAUAUGUAGGUAAGGGGGUGUAACUGUAGGAAGCAGAAGCUGUGCCAGUCCAGCAAGAAGCACAGAAGUGUGUCUCAGAUGGGGCUGAGGUUUUGUGCUGGGUUGGAUCUCUAGUUCCUGAGCUACCAAACCAAAUGCAACCCUGCAGGGCAUAGUAAUAAUGCAACCCUGCAGGGCAUAGUAAUAAUGCAACUGGUGGACUGCAUUUGGUUUGAAGGGUCACAGGUUGUGCAACCCAGCCUUCAAGCUAAAUUUGGUGCACCAGCCCCCAAGUUCCUAACCAAGGCAAGUUUCCACCCAACAUUCUGAAAGAAUCCUUACAACUGGGGAUGCAGAAUGAUCUGAAGACUGAUAUGACCCUUCACAUCUAAGUUAGUCUGCCCUGAUGCUCAGUGAGAACUCUGGACAAAAUUUUAUCUGCUUAGGAUACUGGUGCCCAGUGGGACAUGCACCCUCACUGAUCGUACAGAGACCUAUAAAUAUAGGAUUUUUUUAAAAAAAAUCCUUUUUAAAGUGAAUUUGUUACGAUGCUCAUUAGAUGCUCAGUAGGGGUGCUGACCUGCAUUAUAUAUAGCGAGGUCCAAUACAACCUAUUGUCUGGACUGCAGAUCCCCAGAUCUUUGGGUUUUACUUGUAUUUUGAGAUCAUUUUAAAGAAAAAAUUUAUGUAUUGUGUGUUACAGGUAUAAAUACAAAGUGACUAUUUGGCUACGG